AGCAUGGCGCCCUCCGACGCCGACAUGGAGCAGCGCUUCCCGCUCAAGACCGUGAUGUUCCUGGGCCGCACCGUGCCCGUCCUCGGCCAGAACGAGUUCGGCCCCUGCGCCCUGCUCUCCGUCGUCAACGCGCUCCUGCUGCAGAACGCGCUGGAGCUGUCUCCCGACCUGGGGUCCGUGUCCCUCGCGGACGUCGUCGCCCUCGUCGGCGACCAGAUCCUCGAGCGCAACAGUAAAGCGGCGGGCGGCGACGGCGAGGCGGCGCUGAACACGCGGCGCGCCGUCGAGGAGGCCAUCGCGCUGCUGCCGACGCUCGCGGGCGGGCUGGACGUGAACGUGCGCUUCGCCGGCGACUCCCUCUUCGAGUUCACGGGCUGCCUGGGCAUCUUCGACCUCUUCGACCUCGCGCUGGUCCACGGCUGGCGCGCGGACCCGUCCGACCCGGCGGACGGCGGCGCGGCGCACGCGGCGCUGGGCGCCAAGUCCUACAACGAGGUCAUCGCGAGGGUCGUCGAAGGGCGGGCGGGAAACGACGACGCGGAGGCGGCGGCCAUGGACGACUUUUUGAGCCGGUCGGCGACGCAGUUGACGUAUUUCGGGUUGGUGGAAUUGCACGGCCGCCUCAAGGAGCGGCAGCUCGCCGCGUUGUACCGCAACUUCCACUUCUCGACGAUCUUCAAGUACGAGGGCCACAUCUACGUCCUCGUGACGGACGUGGGCUACCAGCACGAGGCGUCCAUCGUCUGGGAGAAGCUCGACGGCGUCGACGGCGACACGGAAUUCGUCGACGGCGAAUUCCGCGUCGCGCGGCCCAAGAGCACGCUCGCGCCGUCGACGCGGCAAACCGACGGCGCCGACGCCGACGCGGACUACCUCGUGGCGCUGCAGCUCCAGCAGGAGAGCGACGAGAGC